AUGGAGCACACUGUGGAGGACAGUCAGGGGGGGCAGGGGUUCAGGGGCACCGUGGCCCUCAGCUGGACCCGGGACCUCGGCACCUUCCUGACUGCGUCUGAGCAGGAGGCGGAGCUGAGGGGCAGAGCGGUGAGCUGGAACAACCAGAUCCAGAUCCAGUGGAACCUGCAGCCAGCCCAGGGAGCAGAGGACAGCCCCUCCGGGAAGACGUCCAGGUCUCCGAUAAAAGCGUGCGGUGGAAACCAGAGGGAGCAUCCGACCGUGACAACACUCCCUGAGUUCAGCCCAGCAUCUCCACCCUGCCCACGAGCCAGGCAGCAAGUGUGGGGAAACAAAGCCUCAUUCGUCAACCAGGGCCUCAGCUUCAUGGAGGCCAAUAUGGAGGAACCGGCCCCCCAGGCACCAGGAGCCGACCCCCCAGGCACCAGGAACCGGCCCCCCGGGCACCAGGAGCCGACCCCCCGGGCACCAGGAGCCGACCCCCCAGGCACCAGGAGCUGCCCCCCCGGGCACCAGGAGCCGACCCCCCAGGCACCAGGAGCCGACCCCCCAGGCACCAGGAGCUGCCCCCCCGGGCACCAGGAGCCGACCCCCCAGGCACCAGGAGCUGCCCCCCCGGGCACCAGGAGCCGACCCCCCCAGGCACCAGGAGCCGCCCCCCCAGGCACCAGGAACCGGCCCCCCAGGCACCAGGAGCCGACCCCCCAGGCACCAGGAGCCGACCCCCCGGGCACCAGGAGCCGGCCCCCCGGGCACCAGGAGCCGACCCCCCAGGCACCAGGAGCCGGCCCCCCAGGCACCAGGAACCGGCCCCCCGGGCACCAGGAGCCGACUCCCCAGGCACCAGGAACCGGCCCCCCAGGCACCAGGAACCGGCCCCCCAGGCACCAGAUGCCCAGAGCAGGCAGAGCAAGACCCCAGGACCCAAGAGCCCAAGAGCCGACCCCCCACUGA